AGAUUCUGGGGUAGCUCUUGCCAGGUCACGGUGCCCCAUCACCUUACCUGCUCCACUUGAGGACAGCUCCAGGCUGGGAACUGAUCCGGAACCGCCCAGCCUGUGCUGCCGACGAAAAGUUGUAUUAAGUUGACUCCUCACUGCACUGUGAAAACCAUUAGGAAAAAGUCCUUGGGGUUAAAACCUGGGGCUCCACAGUUACCUGCACUUGGGUCUAGAAAUUAUUUUAAAUGUCGACUGAUCUGUCUGAAGCUGAACCCGUGCAUCAUAAGGCGCUUCCACUCUUAACGGGAGCUCAGCUGAUCCACACGGACAAGUUAAGUGAGAAAGUGGAAGACGACACGAUGCCGAUCCGCCGCUCGGUGAACGCUUCCUCCCGAGAAACUCCUCCCAAGAGCAAACCUGCUGAAGGGGAGGAGGUCAAAGCAGAUGCAGAAGUCACCUCUGAAGAAUCUGCCUCUGCUGGAGAGGAGCAAGAGCCUGAAACCGUGCCUGCUGCAUCCAGUGAAGCAGAACAGCCAAAGGAACCUGAGAAUGAAGGGAAGGAGGAAACAAAGCCCUCAGAAGAAACCAAAAAGGAGGAGAAGGAUCAGGCCAAGGAGAAGGAGAAGAAGGUGAAGAAGACCAUCCCUGCGUGGGCCACACUCUCUGCCAGCCAGCUGGCUCGGGCACAGAAGCAGACUCAGAUGGCAGCCACCUCCAGGCCCAAGAUGGAUGCCAUCCUAACCGAGGCCAUCAAGGCCUGCUUUCAGAAGAGCGGUGCCUCGGUGGUGGCAAUCCGGAAAUACAUCAUCCACAAAUACCCUUCCCUGGAGCUGGAGAGGAGGGGAUACCUCCUCAAGCAAGCCCUGAAAAGAGAGCUGGAGAGGGGAAUCAUCAGGCAGGUGAAAGGAAAGGGAGCUUCUGGGAGCUUUGUGGUGGUGUCUAAUGCAGGAAAAACUGUUCCAAAAUCCAGAGACAGAAAGAAAAGCACUUCAGCCCUGAGCACAGAGCAGCAGGUGAAGCUGGAGGAUGUCCUGCCACUGGCCUUCACCCGCCUGUGUGAGCCCAAGGAAGCUUCUUACAGCCUGAUCAAGAAAUACGUGUCUCAGUAUUAUCCCAAACUCAAAGUAGAUAUAAGACCCCAGCUGCUGAAGAACGCCCUGCAGAGAGCUGUAGAGAAGGGCCAGUUAGAGCAGAUCACAGGGAAGGGAGCAUCUGGGACAUUCCAGCUGAAGAAAUCAGGGGAGAAGCCCCUGCUGGGUGGGACUCUGAUGGAAGAUGCCAUCCUGUCUGCUAUUGCGGCCAUGAACGAACCGAAGACCUGCUCCACCACAGCGCUGAAGAAGUAUAUCCUGGAAAAUUACCCAGGGACCAACUCCAACUUGCAGGUGCAUCUACUGAAGAGAACCCUGCAGAAAUGUGAGAAGAAUGGCUGGAUGGAGCAAAUUUCUGGGAAGGGCUUCAGUGGAACCUUUCAGCUUUGCUUCCCUUAUUAUCCAAGCCCAGAUGUGCUCUAUCCAGAGAAGCAGCAGGAUGAGGAUUCUGAGGAAUCUGAUGAGGAAGAAGAGGAGGAAUCUGAGGAGGAAGAAGAAUCUGAAGAGGAAGAGUCUGAGGAGGAAGAGCCACCACCAAAGAAGAGGAUGCAGAAGAGACCACCCCCCAAAUCCCGGAGCAGGGCCCCUCCGAUGAAGCGAAGAGAAUCCAAACCCAAGCCAAGGAAAACCCCCACCGCCCGCCGGGGCAAAGCAAAGCCCCCUCCCAAGGUGAAAACCCCUGCUAAGAAAGCCAAACCAGCAGCCCCAGCCAUCAAGAAAGCCUCCAGUGGCAGCUCUUCCAAGAAACCAGCAGCCAGUGGGAGGAAGGAAGUGAAACCCUCUGCCAAGGGCAAAUCCACCAUGAGGAAAUCUCUCCGGGCAAAAAAGUAAAAUAUUUCCAGUGUCAGGGAAUCCCAUGGUCAAAUCCACAAUCUUGUUUUAUAAGUCAACGUGCAUUUGUAUUUUAGUUCUGAUGCUUAAACACUUCUUUAAUUUUUUUUUUAAUUUUUUUUUCUUGAAUGGGAAUGAUGGGGAAAAGCUGAAAACUAAAUCAAACCAACCCGAGCAUUCGUUAGAUCUCAAUGCUGUGCCUCGUGCCUGCCCCUCCCCUGGAACGAGUCAUCUUUACUUUCUGCAAUAAUUUUAGGACUUUUCUAGGACGUCUCUAAUCUGUACAUUUAUAUUAUUCCACGUGGGUUUCGGGGGGGGAGGGUUGGCUUUUAAAACAAUUCUUCAGAGAAGAUCUUUAUACCUUUAGACAGCAGGAACAGGAUGAUCAGGGGAAUGUGAUUCUUUACUGAGAAGGUGCUGUGGCAGAGGAGUCCUCCCUAGAUCCCUGCAUGCCGAGGUCCUUGGUGCUCCCAUGAGGGAGCUGUGUACAGACAGCACUUGCACUGAGCCCCGAGGUGCUGCUCUCCUCAGCCACAGGCCCAGGGUUGGCUGCUCAGUUGGAUCCUUGGCGUCUCCUGAGGGUCUGGUGUCAGAGGGGCUCCAAAAGGGGCAGCUCUGGGUUAGGUGGGUGAUUUGAAUUAGUGUUUCCACACCACAUCUGUUACCUUCAAACCAAAAUAUAUCAAAGUCUUCUUGAAUCCAACUUUCAAAUGUUUUUAAGAGAUGAAAAGCCUAAGUUUGUCACCUCUUGUUUACCCUUUUUUAAAGAGAAGUUGGAGAGCUAUACAAUUGCUAAUGUAGAGAUGUUGAUAAGUGAAGAACAUGCGGUUUGCUAAAAUAAAAUGAAACUAGAUUCCA